AUGUGUGAUAAAAUUUCUGCGUCUAUUUUGACAUUACCUAUUGAACUUGUCUAUCGCAUUUUGGAUAAUCUCAAUGACCUGACAAUUUUAUGCUCAGUUCGUAAUGUUUGUACACGACUUAAUGCGAUCACUGACACAUAUCAUCGAUACCAGACACUCACUACACUCGAGUUUCGCUGGCAUCAAUUGCAAGAGCAAGAGAUACAGCAUCUUGCUAAUGUUCUCAUAGGCAACACGACAAUCACCACCCUCAACCUGUAUAAUACUCCAAUCGGAGACCAAGGAAUGCAGUAUCUUGCUAAUGCGCUCGCAGACAACAGGGCAAUUACCACACUCAACCUGUAUGAUGCUCGAAUUGGAGACCAAGGGAUGCAGUAUCUUGCUGAUGCGCUCGCAAACAACAGGACACUCACAAUGAUCGACCUUAGCAACAAUAAAAUCCAAGACCAGGGAGCACACUAUCUUGCUAAUGCUCUCACAGAAAACACAACGCUCACCACACUCAGCCUGUAUAAUGAUCAAAUCGGCGACCAAGAGGGACAACAUUUUGCUAAUACUCUCAGAAACAAUACAAUACUCACCACACUCAUACUUAGCAACAAUAGAAUUGAAGACCUAGGAGCACAACAUAUUGCCACUGCUCUCAUAAGUAACAAGACACUCAUCACACUCAGCCUUCAAGGUAACCUUAUCGGAAACCGAGGAGCACACCAUCUUGGCAAUGCUCUCACAAACAACAAGACACUUAUCACACUCAACCUUCAAGAUAAUCUAAUUGCAGCCGAAGGUGCACAGCAUCUUACCAAUGCCCUCAUAAACAACACAACACUCACUACCCUUCAACUUAGAGGUAAUGGAGUCGGAGUCAAAGGGACACAGCAUCUUGCUAAUGCUCUCACAAACAACAUGGCACUCACCACGCUGAACCUUAGAGGUAAUGGAAUUGAAGUCGAAGGGGUACAGUAUCUUGCUGUUGCUCUCACAAACAACACGACACUCACGACACUCAAUCUUGGAUAUAAUGGAAUCAGAGAUUCAGGCGCACAAUAUCUUGCCAAUAGUCUCAGUAGCAAUACAAUACUCACAACACUCGACCUUGGACAUAAUCGAAUCAGAGAUUCAGGCGCACAAGAUCUUGCUAAUAGUCUCAGUAGCAAUACAACACUCACCACACUCGCCCUUACACACAAUCGAAUCGGAGACGAAGGAGCACAGCAUAUUGCCAAUGCUCUCAAAAACAACACAACACUCACCACACUCGACCUUAGUAGGAAUGAAAUCCAAGACCAAGGGGUAGAGCAUAUUGCUAAUGCUCUCACAAGCAACAUGACACUAAUCACACUCAGCGUUGCAACUAAUCGAAUCGGAGAGCAAGGACAACGACGAGCAAUAGAAAUUCUGAACGGAAACAAAGUGAACAAAGCAACCAACAGUCCUCGACAAUCAAUACAAGAAUAUCGUUUUCAACAGCGAUUGGCAAAAAUAAGACAAAAAAUGGUAAUAGCCACAGCCAUGCCAACGAACAGCAGGACUCGAGAACAAAUGACAGAGACCAUUGAAAACGAUACUAUUCAAAAUAUAUCAUCUGAAAUUAAAGAGAAUGAUUCAGAUAAGGCGACUGAUAAUCAUAUUCGUGAUAAUAACAAUAAUCAAAAUGGCAUUAGUACUAUAUCUAUUGAUGCUGUUCGAGAUUCAACAUCAACUACCAGUAGUACUAGACAACAAACACCAAGUUCAACAACAAAAGAUGAAUAUAAAUAUACAGGUGAUAUCUAUGAAGAUAAAAAACAUGGCAAAGGUAUUUUAACUUGGUCUGAUGGUCAAAUAUAUACAGGCGCAUUUUUUGCUGAUAGACGACAUGGAUUUGGAAUUUCUCAUAAUCCAAAUAUUUCUGAAUUCAAGGGUUUAUAUUGUCAUGAUGAACGAUUCGGUCCAGGUAUAUUAAUUUAUGAAUCUCUACAAUGUGCUGAUGUUGGUUUAUGGUUAAAUGAAGAUCUGAUUCGUUUACUUUAUUCUCAUCCAAAACUUACAAUAGAUAUACAUAUAACAGAUAAAAAAUCUCUAAAUUCAUCUUCACUUAUUAUUCCAUCAUGGUAUUCACCACAUGAAUUACUUUCAACUAUAUAUAAUCAUGAUUAUUUAUUAAAAAAGAAAUCUCCAACACUCUUUUGUAAUAAUAUUCAAGAUGAAAAUUCAUUAUUAACUCGAUAUAUUAUUGAACAUGUUGAUCGUGUACAAGAAACAAUGCAAGAUAAACGUGAACAAUUAAAUGCUUAUUUAUCGAGUAUUUAUGAAAAAAAUGAUGAACAAAUAUUAAAAAAUAAAAUUUUAAAAGAACGAACUCCAGAUAUAUUACCACCUAAUGAAACACAUGAACAACAACAAUUAUAUUAUUAUGUUAAUAAAUUUUGGCCAUUUAAACAGCGAGCAUCAUUUCCUAUUGAGGAUAUUUUUUCUAAUACUCGUUCUUCGUUUCCUAAUCCAGGUCCAUUAGAAAAUGCUUCAUUAAAUCUAUUUGAAUUAUCAUUUAAUGGUCAAGAAAAAGAUGUACGUAAUCUUCUAAUGCAGCGACUUGCAUAUGUUGAUGUAUGUGAUUCACAUGGUUUAACUGCAUUACAUUUUGCUACUUAUAACGUACACAUAAACGUUGUUAAUGUUCUUCUUGAUUUUGGUGCUAAUGUUAAUCAAUUAUCAGAUGAUGGUUUAACUCCACUUGCUCUUGCUUUUCUUCUUUAUUAUGGUAAUGAUCCUCAACAAACAAUUAAUACAGCUUUAGAACAUAGAGAUCCUGUUAUAUUAAAUCCUCGAACAUCAAAUUCAACAGAAACAAAUACAAUGACAUCAUCGAAACAAAAUAUAACAAAUUCUUCGAAUAAUUUUAAAAAUGAUUCAACUAUUACCGAUGAAGCAAAAUUUUUAUCAUCAUUAGAAUCAAUGAAAAUAAAUGAUGCAGAAAAAAAGAAUUCAUAUGGAUAUGAACUAACAGAUAAUCUUCGUGAACGUAUUCGUGAUGAAAAAUUUCGUGAAUCUAUUUAUUCACUUAUUGUACUUCUUCUUCGUCGUGGUGCUGAUCCAUCACUUAGUGAUUGGCCUUUACCUGUACUUGCAUUAGCUGUUCGAGCUGGUGAUAAACAUAUGGUUGAAUUCUUAUUAAAGACAAAAGCUCAAGUUAAUUGUCAAUUAGAUCCUAUUCGUCAUGCAAGUUUAACUCCAUUACAUAUUGCUUGUGGUUCUUCAUCGAAAUAUGCAAUUGAUAUUAUUCGACUAUUAUUAGAAUAUGGUGCUGAUGUUAAUGCUGAAUCAUUAUCGGGUAAUAAAGAAUAUUUUUCACUUAUUGAUCCACUUAUUAUCAAUUCGAAUAAAAAAAUUGAUAUUCAACAACAACAUGGUCGUACACCUUUACAUAUAGCAUGUACACGAGAAGCAACAUCAGAUACAUUAGAUAUUGUUCGACUUCUUCUUGAAUAUCAAGCAAAUCCAAAUUCUGUUUGUAAUGGUCAAACACCACUUACACUUGCUAUUGCUUUGGGCAAUCAACCUUUAGUUGAUUUACUUCUCAAUCAUGAAACUACUGAUCCAUCAACAACACUUGGUUUAGGAAAUGGAAAUGCAUUAUGUACUAUAUUAUCAACAUUUUAUGAACCUGGUUGGACUUAUACAAAACGAUUACAAUUAAUUGAACGUCUUAUAGAAAAAAAUCCUAAAGUUUUUUAUCCAAUUCGAUUUGGUCCAAAAAAUACUUUAGGUUCAUCAGUUGAUUUUGCUCAUUUUAUGUAUUCAGCUGAUACUCGAAUAUCUCAAACUCCAUAUCAUCAAUUAACAACUCAAGAACGUGUUAUACAUAGUGAAAGAAAAGAAUUACUUGCUUAUAUAGCUAAACGAUUUCGAGAAGAAACUCCAAAACAUGAUGAAUUUUUACGUUUACCAACACCAACAUUAGAUGGUCAUAAUCAAACAUCAAGUCCUGCUAAUUUAUUUGCACAAAGUGCCAUAUCACGAGCUCAUUCAUUGCUGACAGAAAAAACUUCUGAUGAUAAUUCAAAUAUUAGAAUAACUGGUCAAUUUCGUUAUUGUGCUACAUGUGGCCGAAGCACUGGUGUACGACUUACUCUUUGUAAACGUUGUCAAAAAACAUCAUUUUGUUCAAAAGCAUGUAAAAUAAAUGGAUGGAAUAAUUUUCAUCGAUAUGAAUGUCUUUCAUCACCAACUCCAACUAGUCCAUUAGAAAGAACAAUUAUAACAACGAAGAGUAUGUCAACAAAAACUAAGUUGCCUAGUAUUCGUUCGGGUACCAAUCAAACGGAUCGUUCACAUUUUCAAAAUGUUGAAACGCGUUUUGAGGAUUUUACAAGUUUGGAUCGUGCAUUAUUCAAAGACAGUGUUUUAGCAAUUAAAACUCCACCAAAAACAAAUAAUAAUAAUAGUCGAUUACCACCACUUUCAACAGCAAAAUUAUUACGACAAAAACGAUUGAAAAAACUUGGAAAAUUAACUGGAAAUGUAUCAUCAAUGUUACCAAUUUCAUUGGAUGGUAUUCAAUUAUCAUGGAAUUCUACAUAUAAUGCACCGGAAAAUUACAGUUUUAAUUAA